AUGUUUGGUCUCUCCUUUAGAAUCAGGGUGACCUUGCUUUUGAGAACUGUAGGGAAGGCAAUUGGAUGCCAGGAUGGGACUAUUGCUUAUUAUCAGCUGAUCUUCUCUACUGUCCAUGGUCUCUAUAAGGAACGUUAUGCCUUUCGAGAAAACAUGACCGAUGUCAUCAUUCAGCAUCUUAUAACUGAGCAAAAAGUUCGAAUCAAAUGCAGGGACCUUGUUAAAAAGAUUGCCAUCUACAAGCAUCGUCUGGCUGUUCAACUUCCAGAGAGGAUUAUAAUCUAUGAGUUGUACUCCCAAGAUGCAUCUGAUAUGCACUACCGUGUGCGGGAGAAGAUUAACCAGCGCUUGGACUGCAAUCUUCUUGUUGUGUGCACUAAUCACAUCGUUUUAUGCCAGGAGAAGCGUUUACAGUGUCUUAACUUCAAUGGUGUGAAGGAGCGAGAGUGGCAGAUGGACUCAUUAAUCCGAUACAUCAAGGUUGUGGGUGGACCAGCUAACAGGGAAGGUCUACUCUUGGGACUUAAGAAUGGGCAGGUUUUAAAGAUCUUCCUUGACAAUGCCUUCCCAGUAGCCUUGCUAAAGGUUUCCCCAGCAGCUAAACGCUGCUUAGACUUGAGUUCUUCUAGGAACAAGUUGGCAGUUGUUGAUGAGCAUAAACCACAUUCUUGUUAUAAUGUUUCUGACUCAGAAUUGCUUUUCCAGGAACCAAAUGCAAACAGUGUGGCUUGGAAUACCAGCUGUGAAGAGAUGCUCUGCUUCUCGGGAAGCAACACCCUCAACAUCAAAGCUUCAAACUUCCCUACUCAUCAGCAGAAAUUACAGGGUUUUGUAGUUGGCUUCAGUGGCAGUAAAAUCUUUUGCCUACAUAUCUACAGUAUGUCCACAAUUGAAGUUCCCCAGUCAGCUCCCAUGUACCAGUACUUGGACAAGAAACUCUACAAAGAGGCAUAUGAGAUAGCUUGCCUGGGUGUUACUGAUGGAGACUGGGAGGCUCUGGCUAAAGCAGCACUCCAGGGACUCGAAUACUACAUAGCCAAGAAAGCCUUUACUCGUAUCAAAAAUCUAAAAUACCUGGAAUUAAUACACUCCAUUGAGGAACGUGGACACAAAGAUGAGGUCGAUAACAACAUCUUUCUGGGUGACAUACUAGCAUUUGAAGGCAGGUUCUCCGAGGCUGCUAAAUUAUACCGCAAGAGUGCAAGAGACUCACUAGCCAUGAACAUGUACUCUGACCUCAGAAUGUUUGACUUAGCACAGUGCAACAACCAAAAUGUGGCAAAUAAAUCCAUGUAA